UGUCAUGACUGACGUAUGUUAAAAAUCCUACAGGUGCAGCACCUGCAGAAAGUCCUGGUGAAGAAAAGAGACCCUGUUAGCCAUGUGUGCUUUAUUGAUGAGAUUAUCAAGCAGGAUGGUCAGCCAGAUAUUCUCUACACCUUCUGGACAGAUGUAACCCGUACACUCAGUGAGGACUUUCAUCGAGCAACUGAAGCCUCCUCUUUCCUCAAGCAAGCUUUUGAAGGAGAGUACCCGAAACUUCUGCGACUGUACAAUGAGUUGUGGCGCCGUCUGCAACAGUACAGCACAAACCUGCUAGGGGCUCUGACGAGCAGCGGAGGGUUGGACAUGCCUCUGGACAUCACUACUGCAGAAGUCGAGAGCCAGGACCUGUUCACACAUGGAAAACAUGACUACAAUCCAGAAAAAGCCCUGAAGGACUCUCUGCAGCCGUAUGAGGCAGCAUACCUCUCCAAGUCCCUGUCCCGUCUGUUUGAUCCCAUCAACCUGGUGUUCCCCAUAGGGGGGCGCAACCCACCCUCCAAUGAUGAGCUGGAAAGCAUCAUAAAAACCAUCAGCAGUGAGCUGAAUGUGGCAUCAGUGGAUCCAAACCUCUCUCUUGCUGUGGCCAAGAAUGCUGCAAAAACCAUCCAACUCUUCUGUGUAAAGUCUGAGCAACUGCUCUGUACUCAAGGAGAUGCCAGUCAGGUGAUUGGACCAUUGACAGAGGGGCAAAGAAGGAAUGUUACUGUGGUCAACACUCUGUACCGCCUACAACAGGCUGUUGCUAAGAUUAUUUCUGCUUUGGGAGCAUGUCCACCAGCUGCGGUAGAUGCCCUCUUGUCUUCUAUGGAGGGAGUUCAGGCCCUGAUGAGCAGCGCAGUGCAGCCUCUGCUACAGUCUGUGAGCGACUCUAUUGAGGCCAUCAUCAUCACACUUCACCAAGAAGACUUCUCAGGGCCUCUGUCCAGCCCUGAUAAGCCAGACGUUCCAUGCUCCCUGUACAUGAAGGAGCUGCAGGGUUUCAUCUCCAGAGUAAUGGCUGACUACUUCAAACAUUUCCAGUGUGUGGACUUCGUCUAUGACAACACAGAGUCCAUCGCCCAGAGAGCCAUUGAGCUGUUCCUUCGCCAUGCGAGCCUCCUGCGCCCACUGGGGGAAGGAGGCAAAAUGAGGCUGGCUGCUGACUUUGCACAGAUGGAGAUGGCUGUAGCCCCUCUGUGCAGGAGAGUGUCUGAUUUGGGGAAGCCAUACAGGAUGUUGCGCUCUUUCAGACCUCUGCUGUUUCAGGCCAGUGAACUGAUCGCCAGCAGUCCUGCAGUAGGUGACCUGAUCCCCUACAGCACCGUGCUUCACUUUCUCUUCACCAGAGCCCCAUCUGAGCUCAGAUCACCUCAUCAGAGAGCAGAGUGGUCCAUUGCACGUUAUUCCCAGUGGCUGGAUGAUCACCCCUCUGAGAGAGACAGACUCGCCCUCAUCAGGGGGGCCCUGGAGGCCUAUGUGCAGUUGGUGAGAGCUCGGCAGGGAAAAGAGUUUGCUUCCAUCUAUCCCAUAAUGCUGCAGCUGUUACAGAGGGCCACCAGUGCUGCUCAGGGGCCCAAAGCCUGAAGGAGCCAGCAGUGGUGCUGCUGUCAGAAUCAGAAUUUCUUAAUGUUACUACAUGUCAUAAAUUUGCUGGAUCACGUGCAGGAACAGGCACUGAUGUUUCCAUGUACAACACUAUGAGUUAACUUUAAGAAUAAAGGAACUAAUGUUUC